GACGCUUCUCAUAGGAGUGAAGAGUAUUUGAAAUCUGGGUUAGACGUCCAUAUCAUAACGAUAAUUUUGGAGAUAUACAAAGAAUGCUGUCAGAAGGGUAUCUCAGUGGACUGGCCUACUCGAGUGACACCCACUGGAGUUGUGCAUCUUAUAAUGAGCAGGCGAUUGGGGAGAAGGAAGAGAAGACAAAUUCUGUUGCUGCUCUUCCCUAUUCCUCUGUGGAUGAAACACAAAUCAGAAGUCUCUACAUGAGCUGCAAAUCCUCUGGCAAGUUUAUUUCUCCAGUGCAUUCAAGAGAGAGCCAACACAGCAGAAGUCAGAGAGUCACAGUGCUGCAGACAAACCCCAAUCCCGUGUUUGAAAGCCCAAAUUUGGCUGCAGUCGAAAUAUGUAGAGACCCCAGCAGAGAGACCUACUUGGUUCCCCCUUCCUGCAAAAGUAUUUGCAAGAAUUACAAUGACUUACAUAUUGCAGGGGACCAGGUGAUGGCCAUUAAUUCAGUGACAACAGAUUUUCCCUCUGAGACCAGUUUUGAAUAUGGCCCUUUGCUGAAGUCAUCUGAGAUUCCUUUACCGAUGGAGGAUUCCAUUUCCACUCAGCCCAGUGAGUUUCCCCAAAAACCCAUCCAGCAGUACUCAUCCAGCAUCAAAGAGAAAAUCAGCCUGCAGAUGCACAAGCCUAUUUCUAAUGCAGUGCUGAAUGAGUACCUGGAGCAGAAAGUGGUGGAGUUAUAUAAGCAGUACAUUAUGGACACCACAUUUCAUGACAGUUCUCCCACUCAGAUUCUGGCAUCUGAGCUCAUCAUGACAAGUGUGGACCAAAUUAGUCAUCAAGUGUGCAGAGAGAAGAACCUGGAGACAUCAAAAGCCAGGGAUAUAGUCCUUAGCCGUUUAUUACAGUUGGUGUCAACUGAAAUCAGCACCCCCAGUCUCCAUAUUUCUCAGUAUAGCAGUGUUAAUCCAUAAGAGAGGAUGCUUCCAUUCCUUUCGCUCAAUUACUCGAACCAAGGCAACACUUUAUUCAUUUAUUUUAAGAAUAAACAGGAGAAGGUUGGUGAAGGGGAGUUAAGAGCUAGAGAAGUAAAGGUCGGCUGGAAGUCAGGUUUGAAAAAAGGGGAACUCACAUGAUUAUACAUGAUGAAGGAAUGUGGGAAGAGGGGCCCUAAAGAAUGAUUCAAAGAGACAUGUAUAUAGCAACAAAGCAAAAAUAAAAAAGAUUAAAAAAAAAAGAAAAGGUUAUGAUUCACUUAAAGGAGUAUAGACAUGUAAAAAAUAAGAAAAGCCGAAUAAGAAAGAAACACACUAUGGCAAAACUAAAAAGCCAAAAGUUUUCAGGAUAGAGAAUUAAGUAUAGAUUUGUUACCCAAAUAAAUUCCUCCAAGUUAUUUCUUCCUGAGGUAAAUGGACUGUAGAAGGCUGCUAUAUUUGGGUAGAAAGACAGGUUCAAACAGUUUUCAAAAUAUGUGUUUAUAUCUCUAUUUUCUCUAU